CCCUCUGUGUGAGGUUGAGAAUGGGAAGCGAUGGCUGUGUGUUUCAGACAGGCUCCGAUAUUAACCCUUUGGUGUUGGUUUGCAGCUGUGAGCUCGGGUUCCUCCCUCGUUCUCUCCUCGCUCCUCAGCCUCCUGCUUUUUGCUGGGAUGCAGAUGUACAGCCGGCAGCUUGCUUCCUCGGAGUGGCUGACCAUCCUCGGAGGAUUCCUGGGAUCCAUCCUCUUCCUGUUCUCCCUGACUGUAUCCUUUAGCAUACCUUCAAAAUGCAAAUGUACUUUUCACCCAACCUUUACCAAUAUGGCACACACCAGAGUAGGCGGUGGGGCAUUCCUGUCCAAAAAUGGCGCACAGCAGUGGGGGCCGCUCCGAGUACGGGGCUUUGGGGGGUGGGGGUGGUUAACGAUGGGAUGGCGUGAAGGUCUUGGGGCUGAGACGGUUAGUCAUGACCCUUUGAUGCACUGUGCUCUCUCUCUCUCUCUCUCUCACACUAGUUUUAUCUUCUCCUUAAUCGCCCUGUUCUACAUCAACAAGCUGUCAGCUGCUCUGUACCAGGCCGUACCCCAGCCCACACCCGUCAGCAAGACCACCAAGAAGAAGAAAAAUUGAGGACGUCUUUCCUUCCCCCCCCUCCCCCGCCCUUCUCCAGUGUCGGGGGAGAUGCCGAGAGCACGGAUUCCUGUCUCUGAGCUGACGGCACAAUCCCUAUUCCUCACCGGCCUCCAUCUCCUGACUGCUGGCUGGCUCCUUAAUGGAAUAAAGAGUGUGGGUGUUUCA